AUGGAAUGUACAGAAAAGCAAUAUAGUACAGACAAAGGAAAAAAUGGAAAAAACGAAAAAAACGAUAUUUAUAAAAAGGAGAGAAAGUGUUGUAUUUGUAUGGUAAGUGAUUUUUUUUACCCAAAUUUAGGAGGAAUAGAAACACAUAUAUUUGAAUUAUCCAAGCACUUAAUAAAGAAAGGAUUUAAAGUAAUAGUAGUAACUCACUGCUAUAAUAAUAGGAAUGGUGUAAGAUGGAUGGGUAAUGGAAUAAAAGUGUAUUAUUUACCUUUGGAAACUUACAUGGAUGUUGUAACAUUUCCGAAUAUAAUUGGCACUUUGCCAUUGUGUAGAAAUAUUUUAUAUAGGGAAAAGGUUGACAUUGUCCAUGGGCAUCAGGCAACGUCCUGUCUGGCGCACCAGUUCAUCCUUCACGCAAAAUCGCUGGGAUUAAAGACGAUAUAUACCGACCAUUCAUUGUACAGUUUUUCAGAUAAGGGAUGUAUACAUGUUAAUAAAUUAUUAAAAUAUUGCAUAAAUGAUGUCGAUCAUAUUAUAUGUGUUUCUCAUACAAAUCGUGAAAAUUUGGUUUUGCGAACAGAAAUAAAUCCAUAUAAAACAUCAGUAAUAGGUAAUGCACUUGACACAAAGAAAUUUAUUCCAUGCAUUAAUAAAAGACCCAAAUAUCCUAGAAUUAAUAUUAUAGUCAUAAGUAGAUUAACAUAUAGAAAAGGAAUUGAUCUAAUUGUUAAGGUUAUUCCUUUAAUAUGUAAGAAAUACCCUUUUAUAAAAUUUAUUAUUGGAGGUAAUGGACCAAAGAGAGUACUAUUAGAAGAAAUGAGAGAAAAAUAUCAUCUACAUAAUUCUGUUGUAUUGUUAGGAAAAGUAAAACAAAAUAAAGUAAAAAAUGUUUUACAAACAGGACAUAUAUUUUUAAAUGCUUCUUUAACUGAGGCUUUUUGUAUAGCUAUUAUUGAAGCAGCUAGUUGUGGUUUACUUGUUAUCUCAACUGAUGUAGGAGGUAUAUCGGAAGUAUUACCGCAUGAUAUGAUGAUAUUGUCAAAACCUAAUCAUAUCGAUUUAUGUAAAGCAGUUGAUAUUGCUUUGGAUAUGGUGAAGGGUGUUGACUCGAAUGCAUUUCACGAGAGGCUAACUAAAAUGUACUCAUGGGAAAAGGUCGCUGAUAAGACAGAAAAGGUAUACAUGGACGUUUUAUCGUACGCAAAUAACACAAUCCUAAGUAGGAUCCGAAAAAUAUAUAACAUCAACACUGUCUUUAGUAAAGUUUAUAUUAUCCUAAUAAUGUUAAGUUACAUAUACUGUCAGCUGCUGGAGUGGCUUAAGCCCAGAAAGGACAUAGAAGAAGUUGUAAGCUUUCCUCACUUAAUUGAGGAAGAAUAA